AAAUCACACAAACCACAUACUGACAGGAACUGGCCGGACUCUUCCUCUUCUCUGCAGCAGAUGCCACUAUCUUUCAGAUUCUUAUACGGCGGCAUGAAGUCCAUCCAGCUUCUUGUCUACAUCUCUCUUUUUAUUUCUGGAGCUGUUGCCCUUGUCCAGGACAUAUUUGCAGCCAGUGGUGGGAAGAUUGUGAUCCCCCUGGACACGAGGCUGGAGUACACGAGUGGCAUACUAUGUAAUAGGUUUGUAUGGACAUUCAAGAGACCGAGGCAAUUCCUCAGACAACUGGCGGGUGUGGAUGAUUACUGCAAUAAACGAGACUGUAAUAACGAGCGGAGACCACACUGUUCACUGUCCACUAAUGGAAGCCUGCAGCUGCACGAUGUAAAGCCGGACGAUGCCGGAGAGUACAUCAUCACCACCUACCAUGUAAACAAAGCAAAAAGCACAGAGGACACCUUCAACCUCCAUGUCCUGGAUGCCGUCUCAAAACCGGUCAUCAGUCUCUCAUGUGUCUCGGAAGGUCAACCAGUGGUUUUGUGCAGGGCAGAGAAAGGGACAAAUGUCUCAACCUCAAUUAUAGCAAAUGGAGAAUUGUUACUGGAGAAGGCUGCUUCUGAAGGAGAGGGUCAACUCUUCAAAGUGUCAUCUUCUGCUCCCUGGAAUAUCAGCUGCUCCAUAACAAACAAGGUCAGCCAGGAAACCAUCAAUGCUGAGUACUCCAUGUGUCCUGUUCCUCUCUCAGAGCUCCAUCUGGAAAUGUUGUGCCAUCUGGAUAGAUCUGUGGAGAUCACCUGUAAGGCAGAAAAUGGCUCUGAACCUUCCUUCUCCUGGUUUGUAGAUGGGAAUCCUGUAAGAUACUCAUCAUCAUGGAAGGUUACUGAGAAUGUCCUGUCUGGAUCUGCUCGCACCGCUGUGAACAUCACCUGCUCUGCCAGGAACGCAAUUAGUUCAGUCCAGAGUUCUGUGACCUCCGUGUCCUGUCCAGCAGACGCUCACUCUUGGACUCUGUCGGUUUUCUGUAAGGGUCUGCUGUUUCUCCAGUACAACGUUCUGCUGAUAUCUCUGAUCUACGACGUAAUCAGGAGCAACAGGAUCGGUGACCUGGAGAAGCCCUGAAGACGAGGACCCCUCUGAGGAGGAAGAAGAGGACGACUUGCACCCCGAUGGCCACUUCUUCACCUUGGACCUGGUGUCAUCUUCCCACCGUGUACAGAUAUGUUCAGGAAAUCAGAAGUCAAAGAGACGGUGAACGCUGGGGCGCGAUGCCAUAGUUAUACCAGGAAGGCGGCCAUAUUGGUUGUCACUUUACAAUCUGCUGAUGGUGAUAAUUUAAAGGGGACAAUCACUAUGGCCGCGCUUCCUGCAGUGACACAUGAUGACCGGGCUGCAGACUACAGUGCCUCCUCCAUGGAUGUGCUGUACGAGGACUUCAUUCUUAGAGCUACAGAUAGGGGGCAGUAUGGCCUCUCCACCUCUACAAAGUCUGGGGUCUAGGACCUGAUCCAUAAUGCAGCCCCUAUAUUAGUCCAUGUGCCCCUCCAGGUGACUCCAAUUCAAUUCAGCAACUGCAGUGUCCUACUCCGUAUUCGUAGUGGGGCCUUGUAAGUUUAAGGGUAUUUGUCGCAUGUCAUUCUAUGCUGUCUAUGUAUAUUGCUGUAAUUCCAUAUAACAGGCUGGUAACCACCACUUCACAUCAGUCACCACUAGAUGGUGCUGGUACUUCCCCCUAUAAAAGGGACAGGCACAAGAAGGGAGGAAGUGUGCAGAGUUAGGAGAGUCAGAGGUAAGUCCACCAUGUAGCUACCUCUUUAGCCCCAUUGGCAGCGACCAGGCUGAGGAAGGCGGGAGGAGGAAUCAUCAGAAGCUACCCAGCACAGACCAGUGUAUAGAUGGGUACAAAGUGAGUCUAGUGGAGAUAGCCGCAUUUUCUAAGUCAUGGACCCCACAGCACCUAGUAACCAGGAGAAGCCUCAAGUACCUGGACACACCAUUACAACUAAGCUCAAAGUUGUGUUUUACCACAUUCCUCCAUGGACCGUGUGAAAAGAUUUCUAUUAGCAAGCAGUACAAAGAAUGGAGCAGAAGUCGCAUGCCUGCUGCUAGGGAGAACCAACCUGUAGGGUGCAAAAAGGAAGAAAGAGAGAGAAAGACAUAGAGAAGAAGAUGAUAUUAUAUCCAGUACCUGGCUGUUAGCAAGUGGACCAGUUAGGCCUUGUUCACACUUCAGUUAUUUCAUCAGUUAUUUCCAUCAGUUAUUGUGAGCCAAAACCAGGUGUGGGUCAAAAACACAGAACAGGUGAAGAUCUUUUCAUUACACCUGAUCUCUGUGUAGCCUCAACUCGUGGUUUUGGCUCACAAAAACUGAUGGAAAUAACUGAUCAAAUAACUGAAGUGUGAACAAGGCCUUACCCAAUAAGCACAGAUAAAGGACUCUGAAACCAGCAGAAGGAAGUAUAUGAGUAUAAUCAGCACAUUAAAGCCUGUUAGUACCACAUCUGAGCCUGUAGUGCCUCACCUGAGCCUGUUAGUACCACAUCUGAGCCUGUAGUGCCUCACCUGAACCUGUUAGUACCACAUCUGAGCCUGCAGU